AUGUUAUUCGGAGUUCCGCCAUUCCUCCGUUCAUGGGAUGUCCUGGAAAACAUUGGGCGAAUCUGUGGUGAUUUCGUUGACGUUGAUCACGGCUCGUGGUCGGACCUGUGCGUCCGCGUCAAGGUUAGACCAAAAAAGAAGGUUCCAACGUCGCUGCCGCUAAGAUUUGGGACAACGGUGUUUAUCGUCAAAAUUCUGCCGGAGCCGGAAGUGGUCGGCCCGAUGGCGGAUCUGAACCGUCGCCGCCUUAUGGACAAGGUCUUUGAAUCCUGCCUGGCUGGGAAGUCGAUCAAUGAUGACAGCUCACGAACUCCGAGCACUUUGGACUGCGCCACAACCUCGAGGUUAUCCCGCGACGCCUCAGUUUUCCCUGGCCCAUUAAUCCGCAAGCAUGCGCCGCUGUUUUCUGAUCCCCAUGCUGCACAGGCAAUUAAUGCGAAGUUGAAACGGGUUUGGAUCCGCAAAGCAGGCCCACUGCCCAAACCUAAUUCCCUCUCUUCCCCCUGUCCGGACCUUAGCCCACCCAACACCCCUUGUACCUCUUUAUUUAAGCCCACCAUUCCCAGCCCACCUCCCAUCCUAGCCACCUCCUCUCUUUCCCUUGGGCCGGCCCACCAUACCCAGCCUGCAUUAUCCCCCCCUGACCCACACCCGAGACCCAACCCCUCCCUCAUACUGCACAAUGUAUCUGCCUACUCCCCAACUCUUAUCGCCGAUGCAGCCCUUACCAUCCUCUCACUUUCUAUCCCCCCUUCAAUCACUCCCCAUUUUCCGCUAUCCCUUCUCUUCCCUAAUCUUUCCCUCAUCCCGGCUUCCUUCCCACCACUCCCACCAACUUCCUUCCUAACCCCUCCAAAUAAUCCACUUCCCCAUACCGACUGGUCCUCUGCAAACCCACAGCCCGAUCCUCUCAACCCUCCGUCACCUAACCUUGACCCUGAUUUCCACAAUUUCUCCCUUUCUGACUCACCUGAUACCUCGGAACCAGAACAAUUAGCCAUUAUCCCGUUUAACCCCCUCAGUACCGAGUACCUCGAAGUCUGGCGCAGUGAACAGGAUUGCAUUAAGUUGAUUGAACAAAGUCUGAAGAUUUGCGAUAUUCUCAAGCUAUCGGACUCCGUCUCUUCUGAAAACGCGAAGCAGAAGGUUGCUCUCAUUGCGACCGAUUCUCAGCGCAAGAGAAAGAGGGAAGCGAGAUCAAAGCUGGAUAUGGAACUUAGACGUCUCGGCCUUAAUCAUCCUCCCCCAACACCCAGGGCUCGAAGCCGCUCAGCUCACACAAAUUAG